CGAGCAGGUGUGUCCUGUGGCUUCCACUGAGUGUUUGUACACAUUUACGAAACUUUGCAAAGUAGACGAGGGCCGGUUUGACUUGCAAAAUAGCACUUACUUGGAGAUUUAUGCCGGGGAGGACAUUAACUUCAAAUUGGCGCAGGAUAACUGACUUUCCUCUCCUCAUCUUCCGCUGGUGACAGUGCCUAUCAACCAUUGCCAUGGGGGAAAUGGAGCAAUUGCGAAAAGAGGCAGACAGCCUCAAAGACCAGAUCACAGCAGCUCGUAAAGCCGUGCAGGACACCACGCUGCAGGAGGCGUCAGCCUCCAUCACUGUGGUCGGGCGUGUCCAGAUGAAGACCAGGAAAACGCUAAGGGGUCACCUUGCCAAGAUUUAUGCAAUGCACUGGUCCACUGAUUCAAAGCUGUGCGUCAGCGCCUCACAAGAUGGAAAGCUCAUUGUGUGGGACAGCAUCACAACAAACAAGGUGAACGCCAUCCCCCUGAAGUCAUCGUGGGUGAUGACCUGUGCCUACGCACCUUCGGGAAACCUGGUGGCCUGUGGCGGUCUGGACAACAUGUGCUCCAUCUACAACCUCAAGGGCAAGGACGGGAAUGUGAAGGUGAUGCGUGAGCUGGCAGCACACACAGGUUACCUGUCCUGCUGUCGCUUCCUCAGCGACAGUGAGAUCAUAACCAGCUCAGGAGACUGCACUUGCGUACUAUGGGACAUAGAGACGGGGACCCAAAAGACUGUUUUUGCGGGACACCAGGGAGACUGCAUGUCCCUGGCUGUGUCCCCAGACUUCAAGUUUUUCAUCUCAGGGGCGUGUGACUUCACGGCCAAGCUGUGGGACAUCCGGGAGGCCACAUGCAGACAGACCUUCGGAGGCCACGAGAGCGACAUCAACGCCAUUGGAUUCUUUCCCAACGGCAACGCGGUGAUAACAGGAUCAGACGACGCCACCUGCAAACUGUACGACCUGCGAGCCGACCAGGACCUCAUUACCUACCAGGACUCCAGCAUCAUGUGCGGUGUGACCUCCCUGGCUCCGUCUCUGUCUGGACGCCUGAUUCUGGCCGGCUACGAUGACUUCAAUGUCAACAUCUGGGACUCACUCAAAGCUGAGAGAGUGGGAGUUCUGGCUGGUCAUGACAACAGAGUGAGCUGCAUCGGAGUGUCUGCGGAUGGCAUGGCCUGCUGCACAGGGUCCUGGGACAGCUUCCUCAAGAUAUGGAACUGAAGCUGGUCCCCAUGAGCGAAGGAGAGCAAAUAACACCUACCUUGGAAAAAGUGAAGAAAAAUUGGAAGAAAUUAAAAGCUGGCGGGAGGGAUGAGGGGCAAAGAGCCACAUAGGGUGAGAAGAAGGUGUUUCAAUUGUGCCAAGUCCAAUCUCAUGUUGGAGAGGGGUCGCGGUGUGAAGAGUGUCCUCUCUGUCACAUUGCGCUCUGACCGUUCUUCUCACGUUAUGGAGGAAUUUCAAAGCGGGACAAGGGGUGGGGAUCUCAGAAAAUGUCAUUCCUAUCAAUAGAUAAUUAUUCUGUGAUUCAAAUUGAUAAUAUAUGCACACUUACUGCAGCAAUUCAAAUGUCACCCAAGGAGAACAGUUGCCAAAUGGAAAUGGUAGCACACUGGAUUAGAUAGAAUUAAAUACAUGUCAAGUCGCAGCCUCAGUCGGGUCACACAAGCUCUGCUGUUACGCUGCGUUUUAUAACAAAGCAUAAGUUACAUCAUAUGAAUAAUAUGAUCGUUUGCGUCUAUUGUUUCAGAUUGUUGUUUGUUCUUAGUUUUAGUCGAUUCCCUAGAUGCUUACGUUGACUUCCUUUUUUCAUUUUCUAAUUUAAAUCAAAAUGGAGUUCUAGUUUGCAGAUGUCUGCAUUAGUGUUUGUUUUUGUAUGUGAUCGGUGGACAUUAUUUACCAGGAUUCUGGGUCUGAAUAUUUGGCCUGACCCCUCAGUAGCUAGACCUGAAAAGUGCUUUGGGUAAACUGCUGAAGUGACAGAUGGGAUGAUAAAAUGGUUUUCAUGGUUCACUAAGCACUUACAAAAAAAAAAAGAUGACCCAUUUGUCUCAGGACAGGACUCUUUGUAUGAAUGUUACAUGGAUGAUAACAGCUAUAGUGCGCUUAUGAGCAGAACAUCUGAAUUUGUAUAUAGGAGCUUACUUUUUCCUCUGCAUGCUAACAGAUAAACUUGAAGGACAGUUUGUGUACAUAAACUAUAUCCAAGCUCUAACCAGAAUUUGGACUGCCUCUUUUCCUACUCUGGAUACACACUGUGCAAAAUAAGCAAUAAUACUUAAUAAACUUGGGAUUCUUCAUUA